AUGAAAUUAAAAUUGAUAAAAAUUGUAUUUUUUUUAUUUUUUAUAUGCAAUAUACAAGCUUACGUUUUAAAAAAAUCUCUCAAAAUAUUUCCAAAAAGUAGAUGGACAAAAAAUAGAAAUAUGAAUAGCUUAUUUCUCAAAAUAAACAAUGCCAUUAAUUUUAAAAACAAAGAUGAAUUAAAAAAGGAAAUAAUAAUUCAUUCAAAAAAAAUGUCUUUAGACUUAAGUGAUGAACAGAUAAAGAGUAUUGAAAAUAAAUUAAAUGAGUUUUUUUCAUAUAUGAAAUGGACAAAUAUAAGAAUAAAUUUAGGCAAAAAAAAAUUCAAACACAAAAUAAAACGGCUAUCACUUCGUGAGAAGGAAGGAAGAAAUGAGGAGUUUUUCACCGAAAAUAUGAACAAGGAGGGAAACUAUUUUGUUGUUUCUUCAAAAAACUAUUCUCAGUGA